AUUGUCUCUUAAAUUGGCUCUUUUUCACUGUUUAGGGCUGUAAUAUCUUGCAAUCUGUUGUUGAAACGCAAUAUUCACACCAAUCAGAUAAGACCCUUGUCACACACUUUAUAAUGGCAGUUGUAUCUUCAAACCAAUCAAUUCAUACCAAGAGCUUUUAGAGGCAGCACCUUUCUAAGUACAAUGCAGGCAUACGUGGUGUUUGUAAUCGCGAUGGAAAUUGCAAUGCGCAUGUCAGCUAACGACCUUUCCAAUGACAACAAACGAUUGGUUCUUCACACCGACGUGGACACGGCGGCUGAAUUGAUACACCUGAAACAGCUUGUUCACGGUCUGAUGAACCGUCCUCAGGCAGGCGGUGGAUCGACCUACAUCCGAUGGGGACGAACUACGUGCGACGGAACCAAUGCUACAUUGGUUUAUGCAGGAUACAUGGGUGGAAGUGACUAUCAUGGUGUUAGCAGUAGUGCUGGAGGGAACUACUUGUGUUUAUCAAGCUCGCCGCAGUGGGACUACUCCACAACAACAGAGGACAACAAAGUACUUAUUACCGGUGUUGAAUAUAGGUUCAAUCCACAUCACGACAGUGAUCUAGCUACAUUUCUUGGUCAAAAUCUAAAUGGAAUUCAAGCCCCCUGCGCUGUGUGUCUCCUUCCGUCGGCAACCUCGCUCAUGAUACCUGGUAGGACGGACUGCUAUCCUGGCUGGAACAAGGAAUAUAGUGGCUACAUUGUGACCGGAUUACCUGGAGAGGCCCAUGCGACAGAGUAUGUCUGUCUUGAUCGUCGACCAGAGGCUAUUGUCGGUACCGGAAAUCGAGAGGCCAUUAACAUGAUGUACUUUGUCGAGGCACACUGUCAGUCGGGACUCGAAUGCCCUCCAUACGAAAAUGGGCGAGAAUUGGCAUGCGUUGUUUGUUCAAUCGCAAUCUAUUGAAUCCUUUUACACAUGGUCAUUAUAAUUAUAAGGUUGUUUGUUUUUUUAUUAAUGAGUACCACAAUACUUCCAACAAUAAUCAAGCUAGUGUUUAAAAGGUAUACCUGUAUGUUACAUUUAUUGAAACUUGACAUACUUGAUUUAACAUAUUCAUAAAUGUAUUGCAAACGUAUUUGAAGAUAAAUAUAAUCACAUUAAAUAUCA